GCUGCCGCUGCUGCGGAGUAGCUGCUUCCUUCUCGGCUCCGGCGGCGCGCGCGGGCGGGCGCGGCGGCGGCGGGACGGGGCGCGGGCCGGCCGCGGCGCAGCUUCAGCGCGGAGCCGCGGGCGCCGGAGCCGCUCGAGCGGCGGACGCCGCGCCCGGGCCGACCCCGCGCGCGGCGGAGGCCGAGGCGCGGGCCGGGGCGCGCGGCCGGGCGGCGGCGGGCGGCGGCGAGCGGGAGCCGCAUGCGUGCAUGGAUCGGGCGCCGCGCGCUGCAGAGGCGGGCCGGGGGCGGCGGCGGCCUGGGCGCGGGCUCCCCGGCGCUGUCGGGCGGCCAGGGCCGCCGGAGGAAGCAGCCCCCCAGGCCGGCCGACUUCAAGCUGCAGGUCAUCAUCAUCGGCUCCCGCGGCGUGGGCAAGACCAGCCUGAUGGAGCGCUUCACGGACGACACCUUCUGCGAGGCCUGCAAGUCCACCGUGGGUGUUGACUUUAAAAUCAAAACUGUAGAGCUAAGAGGAAAGAAAAUUCGAUUACAGAUAUGGGACACAGCAGGUCAGGAGAGAUUCAACAGCAUUACCUCAGCUUAUUACAGAAGUGCCAAGGGGAUCAUAUUAGUGUAUGAUAUCACUAAGAAGGAGACGUUUGAUGAUUUGCCAAAAUGGAUGAAGAUGAUUGAUAAGUAUGCUUCAGAAGACGCAGAACUUCUCUUAGUUGGAAAUAAGUUGGACUGUGAAAUGGACAGAGAAAUCACCAGGCAACAGGGUGAAAAGUUUGCACAGCAGAUAACUGGGAUGCGGUUCUGUGAAGCAAGUGCCAAGGAUAACUUCAAUGUGGAUGAGAUAUUUCUGAAACUCGUCGAUGACAUUUUGAAAAAGAUGCCUCUGGAUAUCUUAAAGAAUGAGUUGUCCAAUAGCAUCCUCUCCUUACAACCAGAGCCCGAGAUACCGCCAGAACUGCCUCCGCCAAGACCGCAUGUCCGAUGUUGUUGAUUUGCUACUUUAGAGACGAAGUGGAAACGGUUUCUGGAGGGGGGGAACGUUCUAUUCUGCACUACAAUCAUUUUGACAAUUUCCUUUCGCACUUUGUAAUCCAAGUCAGAGCUAUACACUAACUUGUAAAUAUGCAAAUAUGCAAUCCUGGGUAAGUUUUGGUUAUGAGUUACAUAUUUCCCUCCAAAUUAUUAUAUUUCAUUCAUUACCCCAGUGUCUAGUGUACAUACACUGGGAAACCUAGUACUUCUAAUAUGAAGAAUGGGAGAAUGAAAGGUAUAGUGUUUCUUGAAAUAAAUAAUUGUCCUUGUUAAUUAAAUUAUGAGGACAGAAGAUAUUCUGGUAAGAAGAGAGAACGUGGUGCUUUGCUUGCUGUUUUAAAGGAAAUUUGUAAAACUGAAGACUUUUUGGAAAAAAGGUAUCUUAAGUGCUUUUUCUUUAUUUACAAGACAUUUCCCCCAGCUGUAGCAUCUUUGAAGUAUUGGAGUGUUUCUGCCACAAAGUAAAGCUCCAUUCAUGGUUGUCAUUGAAGGUUAUUUAUUAAUGUAAUGUAAUGGUAGAAUAUUACUAGUUAGAGGGUUGGAUUUGACUUGGUCCUAAGGCCGCAGAAUCUCUCAUGGCUUCUUAAGGGACAUACUUUAUCCUUUUGAGAACUACAAAGAUUCAAUAAAGAAAUGUUUUUGAGACUAUAGAAAAAGAUUUUAAAACAACGCUGCUGUCCUAAAUAAAUCCUGUUUAAAGGAAUUUUAAAGAGAUACAUUUUACUAUAUCAAAGAACAUACAUGUAUUUGCCUAAACAUCCUGUAUCUUUGUAAUGAGAAGACUUCUCCCCUUUAUGGUGAAGCUUACUCCAGUUAUGCCUAGACUAUGUUCCUUUUUUUUCGUUUUCAUUUUUUUUUUUUUUUUGGUCUGAUAAUUUGUGAAUUCUACCUUUGGUAUAUCUUUUAUUAAACUGCACUGUUUUGUUUAGUCAAGGUAAAUAAGUAAUUAUGUAUUUGAAUAACUUGGCGUGUCUUGAGUGUUGUGGUAUGAAAAGCAUUGUGGUCUUUCUACACUAAUGAAGUGCAAAUAAAAUUUUGUAUUUAUGAAUGACAA